AUGUCUGAUGAUCAUUCAACUCAUUCUCAUACCCAAGGACUUCACCAUAUCAAGAAGAAACGGGUCGGAAAAGCGUGCGAUUCGUGCCGGAUCAAAAAAACUAAAUGUGACAGUAAGAAACCUUGCAACAGAUGUACAUUGGACAACAAGAUUUGUGUUUUCACCGAAAAGAAGAAGACCAAAGAGAAGAAACAUCCAUCUGGUUAUGUUGAGCUUUUAGAAGCAAGAUUAGAUAUAUUGACUAGACUGUUGGAAAAACUUAUUGAGUUGUCACGACCACAUUUACAGUUUAUUGAUGAAAUAAUUACCGAAGAAAAACUUGUGGAUCAAGAUAGACCUUCUCCUUCUUCAUCGUCACCAAAUUCAUCUUCUGGUGAUCAUGAAGAUGUUAAAGAACAGAGUACGGCAAGUGUUGUUCCUAUAAACAAAGUCGUCACAUAUUUAAUCAAAGAACAAGGUUUAUUGAAAAAUAUACCCCUUGAGUGGGAACAAGGAACUGAGAUUGCUGCUAAUUUCGACCCCAAUAAAAAUUUAAAACUAUCAUCAAGAUUAUUUGCCGAACAUAAUGGUGAAACGUUUGUUGGUUCUCCAGUAACAUCUCCUCAACAAAUGCCAACUAAUAACCCUUUAAGAAGAACCUCAAUAUUUAGAGAAGAUUUGGAAUCUCCUUCAAGUGAUCAUUACAAUGAACUGAUUUUUUCUCAAUCAAAUGAUGAACCUUAUAUCAAGCAAGAGCCUAAUUCAGACCAGUUUUCCAAAGGGACAAUGUCAUUACAGAAACAACAACAACAACAUCAACAACAACAGCAAACAUUGAACCAAUUUUCCCUCAAUACUUUUCGUGACAUAUCAGACGUUGAAAGUGAUUCUUCCAACAAAGAAGACGGAUUGAAUUCUGGAUCAGUAUCUCCACCAACAUACAAUUAUAGAUCAUUUUCAUUGUUUUCUGAUAGUAAUGGUGAACCAAUUUUGGGUAAAACUUCAUCAUUAUCAUCUUUGACUAAUAAAUAUGAAAAUCAUUCACUUUCUUCACCACAAACUGCCAUAAAUCCAGUAUUCAAUAAUUCAAAUACUGGACCAAUCUUUGCUACAUUAAGACGCAAUUCAUCUUCACAUUCUCAAAAAACUCUUGGAUCUAUACAAGUUCAACAAAAACCAAAAGGUAGUGUUCAUAAACCAGUACAUAAUCAUUCUAGAGUUUCAUCAUUUGAUAAACGAAUGGAAUCUACAGCUAAUGCUGUUGUUGCUACUGCAGCAACAGCAGCAGCAGUUUCUGGUUCUGGUUCAGUUCAACUACUACAGAAUACAACUCAAUCCAAUCUUACACAAUUGGAUACUAAUCAAAACAAUAAUUAUUUAAGAGAUAAUCGUAAGAACAAUAAUAAUAUUGAUGGUUUAAGUUUUGGUGAUCCCAAUUUUGUACAAUCAUUAAGUCCUUCUGAUGAUGCUAUUGUGUAUCCUACAAAUCAAUUCACUAAUAGACCGGCAACAGUAUCAAAUUUUGGUGGUGGGUUAGAUGUGUUGGUGGAUAAUUCAUUUGAUCCUUUCUUCAAUAAUAAUAGUAAUCCAUUUAUGGGGAAGUUCUAA